UGUGUCUUUCAGAUACUGAACUGAAGAAGCUUCUUAGGCAAGCCCUGGCUUCGCUCAGAGCGCAGCCUCGUCUGUUUUAGACAUUUGUCAGCUCGGCAGCCGAGUAGACGCACGCUAUCAUAGCGCUGCUGGCAAAGCCCACACAGCCUGGGAAAGGCGGAAAUAUUUGGCCUCGCAAAACUGCCUGCAAAACACUGACUUCCGUCAUGAGACUAUGGUUUUUACUUGCCGUGUCAUUUUUCUGCUGGCUAAGCUACAGUGUUGCCAAAGAACAGAAUCCGAAUCGUCCCAUGGCUAAAGGAAGACGAAGGAGGGGGAAGAAAAUGGUCCGUCAAGGCAGGAUGCCAGUAAAUGGUGGAUAUAACGGAGCAUCAGUUUUCAUUGAGUCUUAUAAAGGGGUAGAUGAACCAAAGCCGAACUACAAUGUUAUUCCAGGGAACACAGGACAGUGUGUAUUUCAGGGCAUCACUAUGUUUGAUAAAACCGUGUGGUCACCGAAGCCCUGCGUUACCUGCUUAUGCUCCAGUGGGAAUGUGGUGUGUGAUGAAAUGCAAUGUCCGUUUUUAGAAUGCCCACUCAAAUUUAAACCUAUCGGACAGUGCUGCCCAAUCUGCAUUGAGCGCACUCAAGAAGUCUCUGAACACUCUGGAGAUUCCCCUGUUCCUAAUGAUCCAAGCAUCACCGAUGCAGCGUUUCUGCCUGAGAAGAGCACCACAAAAGAGAAACACAAGAAGGAAGAGGAGAGGAUCCUAAGGAAAGAUGCUGAGCAUAAGAAGAGGAAGAAGCAGAAGAAGCAGACAGAAAAAUGGAGGAAACAAUUAGAGGAGCAAGAGCGAGAGGAGGAAAUGAGGAGGUUGCGAGAAGAAGCAGAGAUGAGAGCAGAAGCAGAAAAAGAGAGGAGGAAGAGAAUGGAGGAACUCCAGCGGGUGGAGGAAGAGAGAAUAAGGAGGAGGGAAAAGGAAGAGAGGGAAAGGCUGAGGACUCUUCAAGAUGCUGCAGAGCGAGUAAGGAAUGAACUGAGGGCAGAGGAAGAUGAAGAGGAGGAGGAAGAAGAGAUUGUGUGGUUAAGAGGGGAUGUUUUCCAAAUGCCACCACAGUCACCUACCCCUCUGGUCUUUCCUCCUCCAACUGCACCCUCUGAGCCCAGUCAUGCUGGAGAGGGAGAGGAUGCAGACGAGGAAUCUGCACGGAUUAGCUACGCACUCCCUCAGGGAUGCACAAUCUCUGAUGUCAUUGUCUCCUGUGAAAAUGCCAAACUCACCAGUAUUCCUCCUCUUUCCAUCCCUGAGCUCAAGUCUCUCAAUCUACAGGGAAAUGCAAUCACUACCAUUCCAGCUGAAGCAUUUAACGGUGUGCUGAAUUUGGAGUGGAUAGAUUUUGGAAAAAAUAAGAUCUUAUCAACUGGAAUUGAUCCACGAGCGUUUACCAGGCUUAAAUUUUUAACCCGGUUAUAUAUGGAUGGAAAUUUGCUGGAACAAAUCCCCCCAGGGCUUCCAUAUACGCUACAAGAAUUAAAGAUCAAUGAAAACAACCUCCAAGAGAUAGAUGAGGACAGCUUUGAAGGUCUGGGCAAUCUGGUUACUUUGGAAAUGGAAGGAAACUUACUGAGUGAAGCAAAUGUAAAUCCCAAAGUCUUCACACCACUGAAACAGCUCACCUACCUACGACUGGGCAGGAACCACUUUCGCACUAUCCCUCAAGGACUACCAGUGACUCUGCAGGAGUUGCAUCUUGAAAACAACUUAAUUGAAGAAAUACCUGACGGAGCUUUUAACCAAAGCAAAAACCUCCAAGUUGUUGUUUUAAGACACAAUAAAAUAGAUGAGUCACGGAUUUCACCCUUUGCCUGGUUAAAUCACAGGAAUCUGGAAUCAGUUGAUCUCUCACACAACAAACUCCAUUUGGUCCCGUCGUUCCUGCCAAAGUCCUUGGUUCACCUGGUGUUGGUCGGCAAUCAGAUCGAACGUAUUCCAGGAUAUGUGUUUGCUCACAUGGAGCCUGGCCUUGAGUAUCUGUAUCUCUCCUACAACAAGCUGGAUGGAGAAGGAGUGGAACCAGAGUCUUUCUUUGGCACAUUUAACACUAUGACCGAACUUUGUCUUGACCACAACCAACUGACCAGCAUUCCCAUCGGUGUCAAUGAGAUGACAGCGUUACAUUUCCUCAGGCUUAACAACAAUAACAUAAGGCACAUUGGAGAGGACAAUAUCUGUGACCCCUUGAACGAUGAGGAUUCGCACAUAGUAGCCUUGCGCCUUGAGAAUAAUUUGCUUGACCCCCGGAAAAUUCCUCCAUCUGCCUUUGCAUGUGUUAGGUCUUACUCUAGUGUUGUUUUGAGGCCUCAAAGAAUUAAAUAAUCUUAUACUGAUGUCUUAAGCAUGUUAAUCUUUCUUAUUACAGUGCCCAAUCAAUGCUGAGAGAAUAAAAUGUAAUGUAAAAUUCGCCAUACUUUUGCUAGAGUUUUGCAUGAAGGUCACUGUUCAAUAUGUUGAUCUGUUCAUAAGACAAAAGCCUUUAUUCCUUAGCAAGGAGAAUUAAGGCAUGGUUACAUGCUGGUAUGUAGAGCAUGUCAGCAGAUGUGGUUAUGGGGAAAUAUUUAGACUUUUAGUCUUUCUAUGAAUGCUAAAUGGAAAUAUUUUCUUUCCGAUUAUUCAGUCAGGGAAAAACGGCAGAUCUGAACUCCAAAGCUAUUCAAGGAUAUGAUUCUGUUCACACCAGUAUUUCGAUAUUUCACCAAUUUUCAUACAUUUUCAUAGAUCAUAAAGAAAACUAUAGUUUUACAAGACGUUUAUUUGUAUAGCUGCACAUUUACCAUGAAGAACAAACCAAAAGAUGAUUACUACUGAGUAAAAAAAAGAUGUACUAGUAUCCUAAUAUAUUUUCUCAUUAUUCGUAAGAACUCCUGGGAAAAAUGCAUUCUUUCAGUUUCUGUGCCUUUAAACCACUCGCUACCAUACGGAUUCACAUUUACCCCUUUGUCUGGAUAUGUAUUUAAUAAUAUAUUUAAUAAAAUAAGGCUUGAUGUUUA